CAUGUUCCAGAAGGUUCCACCACCUGGUGAACUUUUGAGAGGGCCAAGGAGCCUCUGAAAUAGCUGCUCUGCCACGAGCCCCAGAACCCAACCCCCCCUGGGGACAGCAACUUGAGAGCUCGGCGGGUCACACGGCGCCACCGUGAGGGGCACGGGACAGCCUGGUCCCCGGCUGGGGGCCCUGCCUGUGCCCGGACCCCCGCCCACGGCGAUGCUCAGGGCCCUGUGCUGACGCACCUCCGGCGGCCCCCCCGAGGGCCUGGCAGGGGCGGUGGUCGCCCUGCCCGGAGGGACAGCGUGGGCCCCCCUCAGCCCAAGGCCGGCUCCGCGGUGGGCGGCGUCCAGCUAGGAGGAGCAGGGCCCGCUGGUCUGGGGUCCGGGAGCGUGAGGGCCGGGAUGGACGAGGACUUCUCCUCCCAGAUGAAGAAGAUGGCCUUGGCCAUGGGCACGUCCCUGUCGGACAAGGACAUAGAGCUGCUGCCCUCGGACAUGAGGCACCACGGCUCCUUCAACUACCUCCGGUUCUUCGAGUACAUGCGCAAGUUCCAGGCCUCGGGGCAGCUGGAGAGCGCCAUCCGCAAGGCCUUCCAGACCCUGGACAAGGACAAGAGCGGCUUCAUCGAGUGGAACGAGAUCAAGUACGUGCUGUCCACCAUCCCCAGCAGCACGCCCGCCGCCCCGCUGACCGACGAGGAGGCCGAGGCCAUGAUCCAGGCGGCCGACACCGACGGCGAUGGGAGGAUCGACUUCGAAGAAUUUUCUGAACUGAUCAAAAAGGAGAAAAUUCCGAAGAAGAAGUAGCACCACGCCCAGCCCGGUGGGAGUCCCCGAGGGGCAGCGGGGGCCCACGAGCGCCCCCUCCAGGGAGGCCGGGGGAUGCACCCGGCCUGCGCCAGGAACGUGGUAUAAAGCCAGCA